AUGCGUUUAUUAUUUCUAGUUUUCAUAUUUUCUAUCAAUUCAUGCUUAACUCAGCAUGUAGAUUUUGUCUAUAAAUUUUCGACAGAAGAGAAUAAAAUUCUAUCUGAAAAAAUUGAAAUAUUCUCAAAAUUUGUCUCAAAUGAUAAUCGAUUUUUGACAACCGAAUUCAAAUUAGAACAAGGAAAUGAUGAAAAAUUGAUUAUCAGCGGGUAAAGUUUAUUUGAAUUUUCAAGUUUACUAUUUUUAAUUACAGAGAGAAUAUUAAACUAGAGUUCGCUAUCCAAGAAUUAGGAGAUGUUCAAAAUUUUCUACUGGACUCUUUUCAAAAAUACAGUAACGAAUAUUAUAAUCAAAUUGCUCUGAAAAGUUGGAGUAAUGAAUUAAAAUUCCCACGGAGAUUUGAAGAAUUCGAAAUAACAUCGGAAUAUGAAUUGAACAAAAAAUUGUCAAACAAUUUUUACGUUUUAUAUUAUUUGAAUGAAAAUUUUGAAUCAUGGAAAGCUAUUCUACAUUUCGUAAAUGCGUUGAAAAAAAGCAAAAAAGAAGGUGGAAUAAUCAACUGUUUUGAAAAUAGUGAUCUUUGCAAAGCUCAUGAGAAUUUGAAUUCUCCAAUUCUGGAAUCAUUCCAUCAACAAGAACAAUAUCUUCAAUUCAAAGGAACAUUUGAAAAUGACAAUGUUUUUGAUUGGAUUCAAACGUAGGUUGUUCAUUAUAUUUAGAACAAUUCUUAUUUGAACAAAUAUUUUAUAGGUUGGAACAACCUGAUAUUACAAGUUUGAGUGAGAAUGCAGUUCCAUAUUAUAGAGAAGGAAUGAUACCUGGUUUUGAAGAUACACGGGAUACUGUAACUAUGUUAUUCAUACCAUCGAAAAAAUCAGUUGUUUAUCAGAAUUAUGCGAAAUUUGCGAGAGAAAAUCACGGGCGUUUUCAUCUUUGUGCAAUGGUUUCGGAAGAAGUUAAGAAAUGGUGAACUCGAAAAAAAUUCCGCAAGAAUUGAAAUUGUAUUUUUACAGGGCUCAUCAACCUGCUUUUAUUACAAUGAAACCAAGAGACGAAUUUAUAAAAGCAUUCACACUUUUCUCAAAUAUCACGUGGAAUUCAAUGACCACAUUUUUAGAAGAAGGACAACAUCCAAGUGUGGUUUGUCUAUUAUUUCUGAACCUAGGAGAUCUUCUGAAUUACAGCACGAAAUAACAAAUGCUCAACAACUAUCCUACGCUCUUGUGAAAACAUCAAAACCACUUGUGAUUUUUUAUGAUCCACUGAAAUUGAAAGAUUCAACAAGUUUCCGAAAAUACGCGUCUAAUCAUCAAAGUUUGAAGCGAGAUGCUUUUUUUGGAUUAAUUCAGAAGUUAGUUGAUAUAAUUUUGAUCAACUGAAUUUUCUAAUGUUCUCAUUGCAGACUUGAUGUAUUUGGGCUUUAUCUUGGUCAAAUUUUCGAAGUUACUGAACCAUCAUAUUUGGUUAUUCGUGAAACAGUGAGUAUUCUAGAAAAAUCAAGUUAUAAGACAAAUGUAAAUAUUGCAGGAUACUGGUUACUGUAUUAUUACAAAGAAAAUAUCAUCGGAGAAUGAGAAUCAAUUAGUGUCUUUUGUUCACAAAUUAGUAUCAAAGGAAUGUGAAAAAACAUUGGAUUCAACAAGACUUCCGCUAAAUCGAUUGAACAAAUAUGAAAUGUUGGAAGAAGUCAAAGAAUUGGAGAUUCAAAUAUUAUCUUCAAGCUCACAUGAAGAAUUAUAA